GCAAGAUUGGCACUUCUUUUGAUAUUUUCCCAAUUUUCUUGAUGGUCGACUCCUCAUCUCCCCCUGCUCGACUCUAACUCCUUCCUGCUGAAGUACCGAACUCAAUCAACAAUCAAUAAUUGGUUAAUCUGGAAUCAAUAAUCGUCUUCUGCCACGAGUUCUCAAGUACCGAACCUAAUCAACAAUCAAUAUUUGGUUAAUCUGGAAAGGAUUGGUGAAGAGGAGAUUAGGUCGAAUUGAGGCAAACCAUAUCUGAUUAAGCUCGCCUUCCACUUGUUCUGAGGUGCUAGUAUUCGAUUAUCAAACCUCUGCAUAACUCGAUUAUCAAACCUCUUCAUAUUCAAUUAUCAAACCUGUGGGUGUUCGAUAAAAUGGGACACUACUGCUGAUCCUAGGCAACUAACAAUGCUUCCAUUAAAAGAUAUCACACCAGCAGCAAGAAACAACAUCAACACACAGUUCAUAAUUUUGGAAAAAGGGAAGAUAACAUUAGAAGGAGGACAAAACAAGACAUGUAUGGGAUUAGUUGCAGAUGAAACUGCAUCUGUUCACUUUCAAUUAUGGAAUGAAGAGUGUGAUGCGUUUGAGGCAGGAGACAUUGUUCGUUUGUCAAAUGGGAUAUUUUCUUAUCAACGUGGCAAUAAUCUUGUUUUGAGGGCAGGGAAAAGAGGGAAGGUGGAAAAAGUGGGAGAGUUUACAAUGGCGUUUGUUGAGUCACCGAAUAUGAGUGAGAUUUUGUGGGCCCCGGAUCCGAAUAAUUCGGGGAAAUACGUACGAGGGUCUGUAAUUUCGACCCAUUCACGUAUUUUCCCACCAACCAUUUAGAUCGUGUUUCUUAGAUUAGAUUGGAUUGUAUUCUACUGGACAAGCUUUGUAGGAGUAUUUUUUGAUUAUAAAAAUGAAAAAGGGUAUUUACGUCUUUUGUAUAUAUAUCAGAAAUUGAGAGUGUCUUUGGUUCA